AUGCCUGGAGCUGUCAGUGAUGUGCGGAAUGUAGUAAAAUUUUUAGUGACCUGGCACACUAUCGAUGCCGACUCGCCUGAGCUCAGCCAUAUCCUGUGUUGGGCUCCGGCAGACCCUCCCACCGGCCUGUCCUACUUCAGCAGCAUGUACCCACCUCAUCCACUCACGGCUCAGUACGGCGUCAAGGUCCUGCGCUCCUUCCCUCCGGAUGCCAUUUUGUUCUACAUCCCCCAGAUUGUACAAGCGUUACGUUAUGAUAAGAUGGGUUAUGUUCGAGAGUACAUUCUUUGGGCAGCUCAAAAGUGUCAGCUCUCGCGCGCAUCAGUUUUAUUGGAACAUGAAAACCAACAUUUACCUGGACGAGGAGGGAAAUCGGUAACCGACAUCGGAGAGCUGUUGGAGCAAAUGGUUGAGGAAAUCAUCAACUCUCUGUCCGGACCAGCAAAGGAUUUCUACCAGAGAGAGUUUGACUUCUUCAACAAGAUCACCAAUGUGUCUGCCAUGAUCAAGCCUGUUCCAAAAGGUGAAGAGAGAAAACGCGCCUGUCUUAAAGCAUUGUCUGACAUCAAGGUUCAAGCAGGCUGCUACUUGCCAAGUAACCCUGAAGCAAUUGUUCUUGAUAUUGAUUACAAAUCUGGAACACCUAUGCAAAGUGCUGCGAAAGCACCAUACCUUGCAAAGUUCAAAGUGAAACGCUGUGGUGUGAGCGAGCUGGAGAGGGAGGGCCUUCGCUGCCCUUCAGACUCGGUAGAAGACGGAGAGGAAAAUCCUGAUGGGUCUCGAAAGGUUUGCUGGCAGGCGGCCAUUUUUAAAGUUGGAGAUGAUUGUCGCCAGUGUGGUGUGAUUGAAUGUAUCCCUGACUGCAAAUCCCGUGACCAACUCGGCAGACAGACAGACUUUGGAAUGUAUGACUACUUCCGUAACCAAUACGGAGAUGAAUCCACUUUAGCAUUCCAAAAGGCUCGUUAUAACUUCAUCCGGAGCAUGGCGGCCUACAGUCUUCUGUUGUUCCUGCUGCAGAUCAAAGACAGACACAAUGGGAAUAUUAUGCUCGACAGCAAGGGUCAUCUUAUCCACAUCGACUUUGGCUUCAUGUUUGAGAGUUCCCCUGGAGGUAACCUCGGCUGGGAACCGGACAUCAAGUUGACUGAUGAGAUGGUCAUGAUUAUGGGAGGCAAAAUGGAAGCUACCCCUUUCAAGUGGUUCAUGGAGAUGUGCGUCAGAGGAUAUCUGGCUGUUCGGCCCUACAUGGAUGCAGUGGUUUCUUUGGUAACUCUGAUGCUGGACACUGGGCUGCCAUGUUUCAGAGGGCAAACCAUUAAACUACUGAAAGGUCGAUUCAACCCACAAAUGAGUGAGAAAGAGGCAGCUGCAUUCAUGAUCAAAAUCAUUCAGAGCUGUUUCCUCAGUAGCAGGAGCAAGACCUAUGAUAUGCUGCACGGAGCGACUGGAGAUAAGAUCACUGCCUAUGACCUCAUAAAUGGUUUGCAUAGUGACCUGCAAACCAAUGGCUCAUCUGUUUCCCCAUGUCCCAUGGAGGAGGUUAUACCGGACGCACUGAGCGAGUCCGCCAGUCGCCCUAUUAUGAUCAGGUCUCUGGCUCAAAGUGCAGAUCCUCUUCCACCGCCCCCCCUCCCUGACCAGCCCCCAGUGGGCCCGGAGUUUGACCCCAGUGGCAGUGACGACAACGCUGACACAGACAUCGACCCUGCCAUUGACAUAAAACCAGUGCAUCGCUUCAUUCCAGACUCCUGGAAAAACUUCUUCAGAGCGAGUAAUCGCAGCAGCGAGAAACCUUGGUCCAUGCCGGGCUCCUCAUCCAACAACAAUAACAGCACCACAGAGGGGGUGCCCUGCUCCCCCCCUCCUUCUCCUGUCCCAGGGUCCUAUCGCGAUCCUUAUGGAGGUUCAGGCAGCAGCUACAACUCCGGCAAGGAGCUUCUGGGAGCACAUGGCACUCACGGGUCUAUUUCAGGGCGUACUUACCACACCGCCUUAACAUACAGCGAGCGAGUAGAGCAGUACCAUCAGCGUUACGCGUACAUGAAGUCCUGGGCCGGUCUGCUGAGGAUCCUGGGAUGUGUGGAGCUACUGCUUGGGGCGGCAGUGUUUGCCUGUGUCUGCGCCUACAUCCACAAAGACAACGAGUGGUUUAAUAUGUUUGGAUACUCCUCCCCAGAAGGGGCAUAUGGAGGAUAUGGAGCAUAUGGAGGAGGCACAGGUGGCUCUUACUAUUCCGGUCCUAAAACACCAUUCGUGUUGGUGGUGGCAGGACUGGCAUGGCUGGUCACUGUCAUCAUGCUGGUGUUGGGGAUGACUAUGUACUACCGCACCAUCCUACUGGACUCAAACUGGUGGCCUCUGACUGAGUUCACUAUAAACCUGGCUCUGGCUGUGCUCUAUUUGUCUGCAGGUAUUGUUUAUGUCAGAGACACAACACGAGGAGGACUCUGCUCCUAUCCAGUCUUCAACAAUGGCAUUAAUGGGGCUUUCUGCCGGACUGAGGCUGGACAGACUGCUGCCAUCAUUUUCCUGUUUGUCACAAUGGUAGUGUAUCUGAUUGGAGCCAUAGUUUGUCUAAAGCUUUGGAGACACGAAGCAGCUCGCCGAUACAAAGAGCGCUAUGGACAGGAAAUGUAUGCAGCACCUGUGCGGGGAUCGCAGACUUUGCUCGAUCCUGAGGCAACUACUGCACGCAAACUUCCUGAACAGGUCCAUGGUUCCUCAGUUGUUCCUAUUCAAACCAGCCCGAAACUCGCCUCAAAAAGGUUUUUACAGGGAACCAUACCAUCUGGAUUCAUCCCAAAGCCAGUUAUUGUGCCUGAUUACAUUGCUAAAUACCCAACAAUCCGCACAGAUGAAGAGCGGGACCAGUACCGCGCCGUCUUCAACGACCAGUAUUCUGAGUACAAAGAGCUGCACGCAGAUGUUCAGGUCACUCUCAAGAAGUUCGAUGAGAUGGAUGCAAUGAUGCGCACUCUGCCACAGCACCCCACAAGUCAGAUGGAAGUGGAUCGAAUAAACAGGAUCCUUCAAGACUACCAGAGGAAAAAAAAUGAUCCAACCUUUACGGAAAAGAAAGAGCGCUGUGAGUACCUGAAGAACAAACUGUCGCAUAUCAAACAGAAGAUCCAUGAAUACGACAAAGUGAUGGAGUGGAACGACGGCUUCAGUUAA